CAGCCGUCUGUUUCUAUUUCUCAUAAAUCUCUCAGUUGCUCUCAGUAGUCAGUAGUCAGGUAGUCAAUUAGUCAUCUUUAGGUACCCUUAGGAAAAGUGGUGAAGAUUCAAGUGUUAUAUUAUCUUCGGAUUAUAGCAUCAAGAAAGUAGGUUCGGCAAUCAGUGACCGAGUUAUAUCCUAGGCUUGGAGUGUGGGAGCAAUAAAAAGGAAGAAGGCAACGGAGAAGAAGAUAAAUAUAAUUGAUGCAAUUUUAUUAAGUUUGUCUGGUCUUUUUGGAAAGAUUUGAGUGAAUUAUAUCGUAGGCUAGUAAGCCAGAUACGUACGCAGGAUAUUAAAACGCAGAUUCUUUGAAGUGAAUAUCUCAUUUCAUCUUCAAGAUGGACCAAAAGGAUCGCGAACAAAUAGAUAGCUGCUGCGAAAGUAUUGCAUCCAAAAUUGACCUGACGACACUCUUACCAAGAUUAUUAGAAAACAAAGUUUAUAACAAAGAUGACGUAAAUAUUCCACGGUGGUUGAAGGACCUUGAGGCACAAAAUACAGUCAAAGAUGUAUUAUUAACAAUUAAAACACGAGGACCAAAUGCAUUUAAAAAUUUGAUUCUUAGUUUAAGACAGUCCAAUCAUGAAGAUGUAGCUGAUAUAUUAGAGAAAGAAAAUAGUGCAAAUAAUGAUACAAAUUUUAGGCAAGAAAAUUCAAUGACUCAUCAUACUUAUUCUGAAGAACCUUUAACAAUUAAAUUACGUAAAGCUACAAAAUUCUUAGACCGUGAUUAUGAUAUCAUUGAGCGAUAUCCCAUGCGAAGUAACCCUCGUGGAUUGGUAUUGAUAAUCACUAAUAUUUUUUAUGAAUCAUCGUGUGAAAACCCUAGAUUUUCAGCAAAGCAUGACAAUAAUAAUUUAAAGGAAUUGUUUGAAGAAAUGGGUUUUACAGUUUUUACCUAUUUUGAUUUAAAAGGACAGGAAAUAAAAAAUACAAUUAAAACAUUUUCAAAAAGAGACGAUCUAAACAAAGUUGAUUCAUGCUUUGUAAUCGUUACAAGUCACGGUAUGGAAGACAAAGAGAAUAAUACAGAGAUCCAAGGUACUGAUUAUCAUAUUGUAAGCAGGGAACCGAACUAUGAAAAAGUUUUGUGCACAGAAAUCUGUGAUUACUUUACUGCAGAAGCUUGCCCUCAACUUGCAGAAAAACCAAAGAUCUUUAUUUUCCAACUUUGUAGAGGGAAGAAAAUACAGAAAGGUGUAUCUCACUCCAAAAUCACCACAGAUUCUUGUAAAAUGAAAUCAACGAAUGAAUACAAUGUAAAAACACCUCACAUUCAAACAAUAAGAAAUUAUUCAGAUAUGCUUAUAGUUCAAUCUACUUUACCUGGAUAUGUUUCCUAUCGAGACUCUGACACUGGCAGUUGGUUUAUACAAAUUCUUUGUAAAGUAUUCAUGAACCAUGCUCACUCAAAUCACCUUCAAGAUUUAUUUAACAUGAUUGAUGCAGAGUUGAAAGUUCAUAGAACAAUAAACUACGAAUGUCAGACGUCGUCUGUACAGUCAUUGGGAUUUAACAAACAUUGUUAUCUCAAUCCCGGUCUUUUUAUGGAAUCGUGACGAAAAAAGGGAAAGUAUGACGCUGUGCAUAAGCAAAAAUAUGCACUAUUUUCACACUUUAUCACGAGUAUUUUUUAAUGUAUUUGAGUAUCAGUACUAUUUUAUAUAAACAGUGUAU